AUAUAGCCUAGAAUGAUCUAGCUCUUCUUGUACUCCACUAUAUUUUCCCUAGUAAGCAAUAUUCUUGAUCCCUAGCUCAUUAAUUAGUUCCAAAGAGAUGGGUCUAAAGUCCAAAUUAUGUGUCCAAAUAGAAGUGAAGGCUAAAAAUGAUGUGUUUCAUGAUGCCUUUAGGCACAAACCACAUCAUGUCUCCACCAUGUGCCCUGUCCAUGUACAAGGCUGUGAGUGUCUUGAAGGAGACUUUGGAACUGUUGGCUCCAAAAUUUGUUGGAAGUAUACCCAUGAUGGGAAAGAGAAGAUUUCGAAGCAGAUAAUUGAAUCUAUAGAUGAAGAGAAAAAGAUAAUUACAUUCAAAGAAUUUGAAGGAGAUAUAGUGAAAGAAUAUGAGAAUUGGAAGGUAAGUCUCCAUGUUGAUGAAGAAGGUGAAAAGGAUUUAGUCAGCUGGACUAUGGAAUAUGAAAGGCCAAAUGAAAAUGUCCCUGAGCUAACAAAUUUGCUGCAGUUUUUUAUUGAUAUGACCAAAGUUAUUGAUGAUCACCAUGUCAACAAGCCAAAUUGACAAUAUAAAGAACUAUAUGGGUUUGUGCUUUGAAAUAAACACUUGACAUUAUGUUAUGUUAUGUAUAAUAGAAUGUCAAGAAAUGUGUGUUUUUUCUGUCUCAA